AUGCUUAUCACCAGGGGCGCAGCUGUGGGAUGCGGCGGCGCUCUAGGCUCUAUUUGUAAGCGGCUUUCCCCCCCUAUAACUGCUCAACGACUGCAGCAACAGAAGCAACAGAUGCAGCUACAGCAGCUCAGUGCAAGGCACAGUUUUGCGUCGUUAAUGGUCUUCCCUCCUACUUGGGGAUGUUCACAGCAACCUCUCUACGAAUGCUCUCCCUUGCGGUUUUCUGUCCCGAGUUCCUUUGGUGGGCCUGUUCGUUCCCUAACGUUUCACCCACAACGAAAAGUUGUUGGCCACCGCCUCGAAAUAAUGGCGGGGAAACACAGGAAGCGCCGUUUGCUGCCUCCCAAGGUUCCACUUCAUCCUUCUGCCGCUGCCGCAGCAGCGGCUGCCCAACGCGCAGCCCCUGGGGUCACGACUCCGGCUGCGCCCCAGCAAGACAUGACUCUCUUUGAAGCCUAUAGAGACCUACAGCUGCGCUGGAAGCGAACCACGCGGCAAUCACGGAAGAAAUUUUGCAUUGCGCGGAAGUGGCGACAGCAUUUGGCGUGUCAGCCACAGCCAGAGCCCUCAUGGCUACUCUUCCUUCACCCGCAGAUGGGGCGUCCGGCAGGGGGCUCGGAGGCCCAUGAGGGGCCCCCAAAGCACCCUAAACUCGGCAGGCGGAGGGCCGCCGCUCCGCAGGAGCACACUUGCGCUAGCAGGGCACAUGGGCAGCAGGAACACACAAAGCAAGAGGGGCAGCAACACCCGCAGCAGAAACAAGACCUACGCGAGCAGCACGACCCACAGCAACAGCAGAAACAGGAGCAGCAGCAUGUGCAGCAGCAGUUGACAGCAACAGCGGACUGUGUGGGCGCAUUCCGAAGGCUUCAAGGCACUUACGGAGAAAGGCCUCCCUUCUGCCUUUCCUAUGACCCGAAGGAAAUAUUUUGCGUCUUCAAAAGCAGCGUCUCUGCGCAGCACAAGGCACGAUCGCCCCCCAAGCAGCAGCAGCAAUAG